AUGGGUCAACGACAAUCCUCCGGCAACGCUGCCCAGGAGCAAGCCCCAGUGAAAGCCGACUACUAUGAUCUCCUGGGCGUCGAAAGAACUGCGACCGACGAUGACAUCAAGAAAGCGUACCGGCGAAAGGCCCUCGAGUUACACCCUGACCGAAAUUUUGGCAAUGUUGAAGAGACCACGAGACUGUUCGCCGAGAUCCAAUCUGCCUACGAAGUCCUCUCCGAUCCCCAAGAGCGAGCUUGGUAUGACUCUCACCGAGAUAUCCUUCUGCGCGGAGACCAGGCUGCUGGCCCGACGCCGGAUGAGUUCUUCUACAACAUUCGGAUGACAACCACCGAGGAAGUGUUGAAAUUGAUGAUGAAGUUUAAUGGUCGAUUGGAAUACAGCAAUGCUCCUAGUGGAUUUUAUGGCGGACUGAACGACUUCUUCAAGCAGCUUGCCAAAGAGGAGGACAUCGCCUGUCAGUGGGAGAAUGAAGAACCAAUGGACUAUCCCGAUUUCGGACUGAAGGACGAGGAUUAUGACGACGUGGUUCGCCCAUUCUACGCCGCAUGGAACGGGUUUGCUACCAAGAAGAGCUUCUCCUGGAAAGACCAAUACCGGUUAGCGGACGCGCCGGACAGACGGAUAAGACGCUUGAUGGAGAAGGAAAACAAAAAGAUCCGGGACGAGGCUGUGCAGGAAUACAACGAAGCAGUCCGCUCUCUGGUUGCGUUUGUCCGAAAACGGGAUCCUCGCGUCCAAAACAACCAGAAGUCCGAAGCUGAACGGCAAAGAGCCCUUCGAGAGGCCACUGCGGCACAAGCAGCACGAUCAAGGGCAGCCCAACAAGCAAAGUUUGAGUCCACUGGUGCUGAGGCAAUAGCUGAAUGGGCAAAGUCAAGGUCAAAGGACGAAUACGAAGGAGGGUUCUCGAGCGAAUCCGAGUUGGAGGAACAUGAGUAUGACUGUGUGGUCUGCGACAAGACAUUCAAAAGCGAGGCACAAUUCAAGGCUCAUGAGAAGAGUAAAAAGCACAUCAAGCUGUUAAAGCAGCUGAAAAAGGAGAUGCGCGAAGAGGGUCUAGAUUUGAACCUGGAAAACGGUCAUACGGCGCGAGACCACGACGAUAUGGCUGCAGACGGAGACGCAGGCCACGAUGAGCAAGCUCAUUCGUCUCCUGAAAAGACCAAUCUUCCCGAAGGCGAGUCAGAUCACGCCGAGAUACGGUCCCAGGAAAAUGGCACGGCAGAAGCGGAGGACGACCAUGAUGAAACAUCCGAGGCGUCGGAGGAAGAUGAUUACGCUCCCCGAUCGGACAUUGAGCGACGACUGGGAGGAGAAGAACCCACAGACAAAAUCACCGCCGCCUUUGACGACGUCAGUCUCUCAGGCGGCACGCCUCUGACGUCCUCUGACGCCGAAGCAACGACACCAACACAGCCCAAAGUCGGCAAAGCGAAGCAGAAGAAAGCCAGGAGAGCUGCGCAGAAGGCGGCUGAGCAGCAAUCCGACAAGGCUGCGGCAGAGUUCCAGUGUGUCGUGUGCAAGGCCGAGUUCCCGUCCAAAACGCGGUUGUUCAACCACAUCAAGGAGAAAAACCAUGCCGCUCCGGUGGCACAGGUCAAAGGCAGCACCAAGGGCGGGAAGGGGAAGAAGAGAUGA